AUGUUAUCUUCUAAUAAUUAAGAUGAAGCAAUGUUAUCAGACAGAAAUGAAUAAGAAUUAUUUCAGAGUGAUUCUUCUUCAGAAGAGAAUGAAUCUGAAAAUUAAUUAGAUGAGGAAAAUGAAAAUGAUAAAAUUGAACCUGAAAAUCAUUCAUUUUAAGAUUAGUAACCUUUGUCAAAAGAUGAACACAAAAAGAAAGAAAUUAAAGAAACAUGUUUAGAGAAACUAAAAGGCUAUAUUGGAUUUGGAAAUUUUUUAACUAGCUAAAAAAUAGGUUAUGUAUUUUUCAUUCCAAUAUCAAGCAAAUGGACUUUUAAAAUGCAAGUAAUAAUUACACAAUUAAUUAUUGCAACAGUAUCACUUGGUGUAUUUUUUGGUAUAAGAUUUCUGGGUUAGGAUAUAUUUAAAAAUAUUAUAUAAGAAUGGUCGAAGAAUAAUUUUGCUAAAUUGUAAUAAGAACAAAUCCAAUAAGUUUCUGAAUAAUUCAUUACUUUAUGUUUAGUAACUUAUAUGAAUGAAAUUUAAUUUGCAUAAGUAAUGAAUGAAGUUUUUUAAUAAAGAAUUAUUUAAUGGAAUGAAAAUCAACUUGUUUCAAUGGAUCAGAAUUUAGACGAAUAUGCUAAAUUUUAUUAAUAUACUUCAAUAAUUGAUUAUGCAACCUAGAGCUAUUCAACAUAUAUGUUUUUAAAUUAGACAAAUUUGUCAUAAGGGGAUCUUUAAUAUUAUUUAAGUGCAAAUUAUUUAAUGAAAUAUAAUUAUGUUACUUUAACUUGCUCAUUUUUUUGGAUUUUCAAAAAUGGUUUAAUGGUUUAAUAUCCUGGAAUAAACGUUACUGAUAUUGAACAAUUUAGAAAUUAUAGAAAAUAAAUUGAUUAUAAAAAUUAAGAGACUUCAGAAUUUAUUUUUGAUGAUGUUCUCUAAAACUAUGUCUAAAGAUCAAUAUAUCCAAUUAUUAACUAAAAUAAUGAAACUAUCGGAAAUAUUUUUAUUGAAAGAUUACCAUAAAAUUUCAAAGAUUUAUUCAUGUUAUUUGCAACCAGCGAUUUACUUAAUUAUACAAUUCUAAUCUCAAACAAAGAUGGUAAUAUUAUUUAUUAAAGUUUUCAAACCUCGAAUUUCACAAUAAAUAUAAUUUAAUAAUUAAUAGCAUAUCCUGAUGAACUAAUAAUUCAUGAUUUUAAGUUGGAGAAAGGUGGAAAUUCUGAUUAUCCAUAUAAAAUCUAUAAAGGAAUAAUAAAUAACACUAUUUACUCUAUCUCAAUUAUAAAAUUAAACUUUACCAUUAUAAUGUAAAAUUUAUUAUCAUAAUUAGUGUAUAUCCUUAUACAUUACUCGAAAUAUAAUUGCAGAACUAAGAAGAAGAGUUUGAUACAUAUGAUAAAGAGUUCAAUGAAAGAUAUUUAGCUGCUUGCAUUGCUGCUCCUCUCAUUUACAUUAUUUUAGUAGUCUUCUUUUUGGUUAGAGAAAUUAAACCAUUGGAAGAAAUAACAUAAUCUGCAUAAAUGUCAUUAAAAAAAUCAUAAGCUUUUGAUGAAAAAUCAUUAUCAAAUAUUAAAGGAAAUGGAUUAAUAUCUCAUUUAACAUCUUUAUUCAGCAAAUUAAUGAUCGAUCUAAAUUAAUUGAAAUUGGAAAAGAAAAAGCAAAUUAUUGAAUUUUAUAAUUCAUAAACCUAUCCAAAAAAUAAUAAAGUUAAAAAUGUAGAUGAAAUUUUAAAAGAAAUUGAAAAAAUUAAUGUUGAAUAAAUAUAAUCCUAAUCGCCAAUUCAAAUCCCAAAUUAUGAAGAUUGA